AUGGGGGAGGGGGCCGGCGGUCCCCGGAGCGGGCGGGGGAGAGGAGGGGGGCGAGGGGAGGUGCGCAGGCCGGAGGGGCGCGGAGGCGCCGGCGGCGGGGAAGGGGGGGAAGGACGGGGGGAGGGGAGAGGGAGGGAGGGGGCGGGUGGGGAGAGAAGCAGCAGAGUCACUUCACCGACCAGACGCCGCGGCCACCGCCGACGCCGCCGCCAUUUUAAUAGAACGUUCGGGCUGCGCUCGGCUCUUUCCGUCUGGGCGAAGGAGCCGACGAGAAGCGCCUCGCGCUCUCAUUCCUCCGCCUCCCCCCCUCCCUCUCUUCGCCUCCCGCCUCCCACCUCUUCCUCCGCACACACGCCGCGCGCCCCACACCCCGCCGCGACCGGCUCGCUGCCCUCCCUUUCCUCUUCCGUCGGGCCUCCCCGCCCUCGGUCCACCCCCUCCGCGCGCUCGCCCACCCCGCCCAGCCCGGAUCUCUGUCAGCGAUGGCGGAGCAAAGAGCGGGUCGCGGUUGCGCGGCGUCGCCCACCGCGGCCACCCCGCGGACCCCGAGGUCCGGCGAGCGCCGGGUCGCUCGCGCCGCCCCGUCCCCCGCCCCUGCGCUUCGCCAUUUUAUCUCCGGGUUCCCAAGGGGGACUUGGCACUAAUUUGUCCCGUCCCCCCCUCCGCGCUCAGGCCUUUGGGAUGCGGGAAGCUGUGGUUGGGACAGCCGGCUGGGGCGACGCCGCAGCCCAGGUGUGGGCUCGCGGCCCUCUCCCCGCGGGGUUUUGUGAGAAUGGAACAGCCUGGGGCCGGGUUAACCUGCAGGCGUGUUUUUCGCCAGCUUCUACUGCAUAUGGCUCAUCCGUCCUCGAGCAGGAAACUUGCCAAACCUGAGUUUUUCACGUGGCACCUGAGACUCGGGAAACUUGGUCUCGGAAAGGAAAGCCCCGAGGACUAUUCGUGUUUGGUUUAAAACAUCAUGUUAGGAACGCUGCUCAGUACUCUGUAAUAACCUAUAUGGGAAAAGAAUUUGAAAAAUAGAUACAUGUGUAGGUAAAAUUGAAUCACUGCUGUACACCUGAAACUAACAGAACAUUGUUAAUCAACUAUACUCCAAUAUAAAAUAAAAAUUUAGCAGACAUGUCCCUUAACCUUUUCUUCUUUCUGCCCAGAACACGGUCUUGAUACUCAAAGUAAUACAGCAUCCAGUUUGCGAUUUUUUUUUUUAAACCAUGAAACCGCAAGCAGGGUAAAAGCCAACCAUAAAGCUGAUAAUAAGGUGUAGACCCUGGUGCAUCCUUGAGCAGCUAUCUACCCCUAGACUGCUUAUGCAAGAAAAAUAAAUCCCUUUUUCCUUAAGCCAUUACUUGUAGCCAAACACAUUCCUAACUGAUACAGAUGUUCUUUUAUUAAGUAUUUGUAAGUAUCUGUCAACUAUGUUUUUAAGACAGGAAAGAACCCAUAACACUUCUUGAAAAUUAGGACAACUGCUACCAUAAAUGUGGAGUACUAAGAUGUAUAGAAGACACACACUGACCUUUAAAGAAAUAUUUUCUUAACAAUCACUUGCCUCCUAAUUUUUUUACUUUAAAAAAAUUUGUGAAAUGAUGCUUAGUUUAAAAUGCUUUAAAAAUGUAAAGAAUUAUUGUCAUAAGUGAUCAUAGCUCUUCAGUCAUCACUUUAGGGCUCAACAAACUUUCUGUGAUGAGCCAGAUAGUAAAUAUUUUAGGCGUUACAGGCAGUCCAAGUUUCAUCACAACUAGUCAACUCUGCUAGCACAAAAGCAGCCAUAGUUGAUACAUAAUGGAAUAAGUGUGGCUGUGUUCGAUACAAUUUUUAAUUUAAUGGACACUGAAAUAAGACGUUCAUAUUUUCAUGUGUUACAAAAUACUAUUUUUUUUUCUUUUUUUUCAACCAUUUACCGUGUGCCAC